AUGAAGAAUCCUUUUACUUUACACGUCAAAAAUCGUACGGUCAAUUUUGAUCAUAUCACAGAUCUAAGACUUCGAAGGCGGCGCGUUCUCGAUGCUCUCGAUCGAACACAUUUUCAAUGGCUAGUGGUAUUCGUCGCUGGCAUUGGCUUUUUGGCCGAUGGUUAUGAUAUCUACGCCGCCUCCCUAACAAUUCCCAUGAUCAACCAUGUAUACUGGAACAACAACAUGCCUGCCAACAUACAAGCAUCACUAAGCGCCGCAACUCUCGUUGGAACUUUCAUCGGUCAACUGGGGUUCGGAGUCUUCGCAGACGUCUUUGGUCGAAAGUCCAUGUACGGUCUUGAGCUCCUCAUAAUCAUUGUCUCGACUGUCGGAAUUACAAUGUCUUCUCCAGGCGCGGCGGGGUCAAUGAAUUUACUGGGAUGGCUUAUAUCAUGGAGAGUCCUCCUCGGCGUGGGAAUCGGUGGCGAUUACCCUUUGAGCGCCGUGAUUACCUCUGAGUUUGCGCCUACAGCGAGCCGGAGUAGAAUGUUGGCGACUGUCUUCUUCAUGCAGCCAGUGGGUUACUUGCUUGCAACGCUUGUAUCCAUUGUUGCACUGGCGGCAUAUAGGCCCCAUCUUACGCAGCUCAGCACAGAUGGUCAUGAGACAUGCGUGAAUGACGAAUGUCUGCGUGCACUGGAUAGCGUAUGGAGAUGGAUUAUUGGCUUUGGUACAAUACCGGCGGCAUUGGCUAUCUUUCUUCGGUUCAGUAUUCCGGAAAGCCCUCGAUAUACGAUUGAGGUUUUGAAUCGACCGGAUGAAGCUAUGGAGGAUGUUAAUGAUAUGGACUUGCCUACCAUGUCAUCGCCUACCCCAGCUGAAAUAUUUGAUAAUAUCCCCGAUAUGGAGAUGCAUCAUGAGCAAGAUGUUCCUGAGUUUGAUGAGCAUGUCAUGCAAGAACAUGAUGAUCACUUGGCAGGAGAGCAAAUGACUAAUAGAAGGAGCUGGGUUUCAAGUCCCGGAUCACAGAUGUUUCGCGGCACAUCUCCGACCAUCGUUGAUGAGGCAGGUAACCAUCAUGUAAACGCUGCCCAAUACCUUACAGCUGCUGGCGAAAUUCAUAAUCCAUCUUUUACCGGCAACCACGAAGGCUCUUUCGCACAUGACCGACCUCCCUCGUCAGCCUUGAGUCCAACCAUGCUUAGCCGUCAACCGUCACAUGAGAGUUCUUCCUCCGAGAGCGAUGAGGCCGAUAUCGAAAACCGAAAUGUCUGGGCCAUUUAUAGCGCCGGCUUGACCGACUAUCUCUGGACAAAGGGCUACUGGGUUGUGCUUCUAGGCACAUCUCUAACAUGGUUCUGUUUCGAUUUUGCUUUCUAUGUCAUGGGCCCCAAUUCAUACCAAGUUGUCUCCAAGGUUUUCGACACCGCCUCCGAUACCCCGCAAGACGUUUACACCAACCUCAUGACGGAAUCCUGGCAUUCGCUCGUAAUUGUCUCCACUGGGUCAAUUAUUGGAGGUGGAUGCAUGAUUUUCCUCGUGGGCCGUUUCUCGCCACGCACACUACAACUUGCAGGCUUCCUGAUCGUGUUCGUCCUUUUCAUCGUCGUCGGUUUGGUGUUCCGAUUCCUUUCCGCGCCGUCUCGAACACCACUCGUGGUUUUCCUAUAUGUCAUUUCCAUGAUCUUUUUCCAAAUUGGACCAAAUUUCACGACCUACAUUAUUCCGUCGGAGCUAUUCCCAACUCAAUUACGUUGCACUGCCCAUGGCAUUUCUGCUGCAGCAGGCAAAGCGGCCGCCGUGAUUGUGCAGGUGUUUGCUUCCCUAUCUAAAUUGGGCCCAUACGGUGACUCGAACGAGUUUGGGUAUGGGAUUAUCGUCUUUAGUGCUUUCAUGUUGAUCGGCGCCGCUCUUACUAAGUGGCUAACACCCGAGACAUUGCAGGAUGGGAAGCCUGUGCCGCUGGAGAAGUUGGAGUAUAUUGGCCUGAAGUGGCCAAUUGGUGCUCCCAAGUCUAGGGAUAAGGAGCAAAUAUCUUUGGACCAGACUAACUCGGAGCAAACCAAUGGUGUAUCGGUUUCUAAUCAGUGA